AUGUCUUGCUGGCUGAUUUUCUUAAAUAUUAUCCUGCUGUCUGGCAGAUCCGAAAGUUGGUCCGCCAGAGAAGUAAUACAUCAGUUUAAUCAUUAUCAGCGACUACAGCUUAAUAUUUACUUGGAUUGCAACGACGUUGCACUUCAAAUCGGUCAGGAAGUGCCAAAUUUAUUCGUGAAUAGUACUGCAGAGAAAAUGAAAAUAUUGGGUAGGUUGAGCUCACACUCUUUGAUCAUUGCGUGUUUUAAGGAUUCUACAAGGAAUCGAACUCUAAAUGGAGUAAAGGAACUGCUCUGGGGCCUUCAGUACUUACCAAUGUUAUUUGUCGUGGAAUCCAACAUGGAUUUUUAUUUUCAACAAGUUUUAAGCUACGGUUUUAUUCAUGUGCUUGCUUUGAAUUUUAUGAAUAGAUCGCUUUACACCUAUAAGCCCUAUCCGAAAGUCGAAGUACAUCAAAUUAAAGAUAUGCAAACAUUCUAUGAAUUGACAAAACUGAGAAACCUACAAGGACAGGUGGUUCGCACCAGCGUGGAAACGAUGACACCUCGAUGUUUUCGGUAUAGAAAUCGACAUGGUCAAUUGGUAUACGCUGGUUAUAUGUACAGGAUGGUUAAGGAGUUCAUCAAGACAUACAAUGGCACAGAGGAGCAUGUUUUUGGUUAUGUGGACACCAUACCCUAUAAAGAGGGCUUGGCAGCGCUGAAAAAUGGAGAAAUCGAUAUGAUGCCCCGGAUAAUGCAUUCCUUGGAAUGGUACUAUUUCUACCGCAGUCAUAUUUUAUACAACAUUAAGACCUAUAUCAUGGUGCCUUGGGCAGAACCGUUGCCAAAAAGUCUGUACUUUAUACAACCAUUUCGUAGCACAGUUUGGAUUACUAUUAUUGUGAGCUUUGUCUACGCCUCAAUCGUUAUCUGGUGGAUACGGUUUAGACAGCAGGGGAAUUCUUCAUUAUCGCAAUCUUUUAUGGAUGUCUUGCAGCUGUUGUUUCUGCUUCCUGUGAGCAAAAUAUGGCACUUUAAUAUGGGAACACAUCAGGUUGUUAGUUUCAUCGUUCUCUUCGUAGUUGGAUUUAUGCUGACCAAUCUCUAUACCGCUCAGUUAUCGAGUAACUCGAUAACUACCGGCUUGUUUAAAAGUCAAAUCAACACCUUUGAUGAUUUGUUUCGUGAAAAGCGUACAUUGCUAGUAGAAAGCUUUGACGCUGAGGUACUACACAAUAUGACCAAAGAAAAAAUUAUACAAAAAGAAUUUGAGAGUAUUAUGUUAAUAACCUCCAUCGAGGAGGUCUUCAAGCAUCGCAAGAGCCUAAAUACCAGCUAUGCCUAUGAAGCCUAUGAGGAUCGCAUUGCAUUCGAGCUGUCUCAGCAAAGGUAUCUUCGAGUGCCCAUUUUCAAGAUUUUAAAAGAGGUGUAUGACCAAAGACCUGUAUUUGUGGCACUUCGACAUGGAUUACCGUAUGUGGAAUUAUUUAACAAUUACCUAAGGAGAAUCUAUGAAUCUGGUAUUUGGAUUAAGCUGCAGGAAGACUCUUUUCUCGAAGGAAUUGCCAGUGGUGAAAUUAGUUUUCGCAAAUCCCAAUCCCGCGAAAUCAAAAUAUUCGACAAGGAUUUUUAUUUCUUUGCCUACAUUUUACUGGGAAUGGGAUGGUGUAUGAGCACUAUAGCUUUUUUCUUAGAGAGAUGGAGAUUUAAAUAUUCGGUAACAAAUAAAUAA